CACCAGCAGCCGUGUUGUGCUUACCUGCUCCCAUCGUCGCGUGCGUAGCGACCUCGACGCCGCGUAAUCAGCGCAGAGGUCCCGCUCGUCGUCGUCCAGACGCAACUCACCGAUGCCCCACAAUGUCCGCAGUCCUCGCCUUUAUACGCAGGCUCGCUCGGGCUGCUCGCCAGCGCCACGACACCGCCCAAGUCGCCGUCGCCUUUCUGGGCAUCGUGCACCAUGCAAGACGUCCGUGUGGAAGCGAAUGCGACGCCGCAAGGGCCAGCCUCUGUCGUUCCGCAUCCAGACGCCACGGACGCGCUCCAGCUCUGAAGGAUGUACAGUUCCAUGAUUCAUUGUCGGGUCGGCGAGGCACAUACACUGAGGCACACGGUGGCCAGGACACUCCAACACCAUACAAUGUGGUACAAUCCACGACGGACCUCGUUAUCGCGAUCAAAUUCGCACUUGUACAGAUGCUCCGGAGCGGCGACAUCGGAGGCCAGAAGUUCGACAAGAUCGUUGGCGUCCCACACGGCUACGGAUCGGUGCAGGCGAUAACCGCGCACGUCCCUCCUGCCUUACACGCUGCGCUCCUGCCGGGCUUCUCUAGAACGCCACCGGACAACGCAGCUCUGCUCGCAGAGUACGAGCAGCGGCGUCGGACGACAGGGUUCCAUUCUGCUCCUACUCGACGGACUCAUCGCAUGCAGCUCGCGAGUGCGGCGCAUACUCGCCUCCACGGUCGUGAUACGAGCAAUUCUACAUCCCCGCGGAGCUCUGCGAGGUCUUACCUGGACAGCUGUACCGCAAGAUCUCAGCGGAACUCGGUGCCAACUUCCUGAAGCAGGCACUGCGCCCCAUCCUCGCCCAGCUUCCGUCGACUGACCACUGGUAGCUUGCCCGUC